CUGUAUUUACCUUGAGGAUUACUUUACACACUGUUCACAAAAUUUAACCCAACCAAUUCAAACCUACAGAGAGCCUUGAGAUAAUGUACACACAGCCUGAAGCUGCCAGGAAAUAGUAAUUGUGAGCGAGGCACUAUUGGUGGGAGAACAAAGGGGGGAUAAACUUUCACUUUUAGUUUGCACAAUACACUCAGACACCAGUGAUUCAAUAUGUUAUGUUUCUUCCUAAAGUGGACCUCUCAAGAAGAAAAGAAAGUGUUAGAGGAACUACAAGGCUACGAGAUUAAUCUCUGUUGUUUCCAUAAACUAUUGUAAGAAGUUCAUGGAUCAUUUGCAAGACAUGGUACUGGGUCAGAAUAACUGGAGCGUGAAGUACUAUCGUACUCAGAUCUGUGCCUUAAAAGGCUCAACAGUGGAAAUUCAAUGCACGUACACAACUAGAAGUCACAAUUACUAUGAAAAAAUUUGGUAUACUCAACUGAAUGUUCAAAAACCUGUGGAUCUGACAACGGACGGAGACUACACAAAUCGUGUGAGCAACAGUUGUAUUUCGAAGACCUGCACUCUGACACUCACGAACCUGAAAGAGAGCGAUUCGGCUGUGUACAAGUUCAGUUUAAUGAGAAACGCAGUCUUUCCAAGAUAUUCUAAUGAACGCGGAGUCACUUUGUCUGUCACAGAUCUAAAGGUGAUCCGACAAGCAGAUAGAAUAUAUUCUAGCCACGCAAACAUGAACUGUCUCAGCAGUUGUCCUCUAUCUGUUGAUAUUUCCUACAUCUGGUACCGUAAUGGAGAGAAAAUUUCAAACAGACAAUCAUCUUACUCAGCCUACUCAAAUCUUGAAGACAGCGUUUCCUGUGCAUUAAGGGGAUACGAGGAUUUCCCUUCUCCUCCAGUGUGUUUCGAAGGUCAAUCCUGCAACAGAGUGACUUACAAUAACAGAAGCAUCUGUGCCUUCAAAGGCUCAUCAGUGGACAUUUCUUGUACUUACAACAGCUAUGAAGAAAAUGUUGAAUCAAAAUUCUGGUUCAGUCAUAAACAUAGUCAGGAGCCUGUGGACCUUAGCGAAGACUCCCAGUAUGCAGGCCGUUUUCAAGUCUUUGAAACAGAGGAAGGACGCUCCACUCUGAGAAUCAGUGACCUGAGAGAAACAGAUUCAACCGAAUAUCGCUUCAAAUUCAAAACACGACACUUUGAAUGGAGGAGUAGUUUACCUGGUACCACUCUGACUGUCACAGAUCUAGAUAUUUCGGUGAGGGUGUUUCCCUAUCUAAAUCUCCAGUGUGUUACGACUUGUCAUCAACUCGAUGGUUCUUCCUAUGUCUGGUUCAAAAAUGGACAGAAAGUGGAUGGAGAAAAUUCUUAUUUUUACUCAUACACAUAUGAUUAUAAAAACAGCUAUUCUUGUGCUGUAAAAGGAUUUGAGAAUUCCCCCUCUCUUUCAGUGUGCUUCAAUGGUCAAUCCUGCAACAUAGUGAAUUACAAUCACAGGAGAAUUUGUGCCCUCAAAGGCUCAUCAGUGGACAUUUCUUGUACUUACAACAGCUAUGAAGCUCAAAUUGAAUCAAGAUUCUGGUUCACUGCUGAACAUAGUCAUCAGUGGCAAAAUCCAUCAGAGCCAGAGGACCUUCAUCGAAACGCUCAGUUUUCAGGUCGUGUUCAGGUCCGUGAAUUGCUAGGACGCUCCACUCUGACAAUCAGUGACCUGAGAGAGACCGAUUCGGCCGAGUAUCGCUUCAAGUUCAAAACACGAGGCUUUGAAUGGAGGAGUAGUUUACCUGGCACCACUCUGACUGUCACAGCUCUGCAGGUGCACGUUACCAGAAUAUUAACACGCCGCCAGUUUUAUACCGUGGCAGAGCUGAACUGUCACAGCAUCUGCAUUCCCACCGGUCAAGUUUCCUAUGUCUGGUUCAAGAAUGGAGAGAAAAUUAUAUUUGAAACUUCUUCAUCUUAUACACAUCACUUUAAUCCUGAAGACAACAUCGCCUGUGCUAUGAGAGGUUAUGAGGAUUACCACUCUCCUUUAGUGCAUGCUCCACAGACCUCCUCCGUGUCAGCGAGUCCGUCUGGUGACAUAGUGGAGGGCAGUUCGGUGAAGCUGACCUGUCAAAGUGAUGCUAAUCCAGCAGCUAACUAUAUCUGGUACAAGGACAACCAAAUACUGCUUCAAGGACCAGAAGGCUUUUUUCAUUUCACUUCCAUCAGCUCCGAGGACAAAGGGAUUUACCACUGCAAGGCUGAGAAUCAGUUUGGACAGAUCAAUUCUUCAGACCUAUUCAUAGAUGUCCAGUAUGCUCCAAAAAAUCUCACUGUGUCAGUGAGUCCCUCUAAUGAAGUAAUGGAGGGCAGUACAGUGACUCUGACCUGUAGCAGUGAUUCUAACCCAGCAGCUAAUUAUACCUGGUACAAAGAGAAUGAAGUCCCACCAAAAGCAUCAGGACAGAUCUUCACCAUCACCAACAUCAGACCUGAACACAGUGGGAAUUAUUACUGUAAAGCCCAGAACAGAAGAGGACAUCGUAACUCCAAGUCAAAUCUGACUGUUAUGGCAAGGUCAGUGAAGUCAGCAGUUGCUGGAUCAAUCACUGUUAUUUUUCUGGCUGUCAUAUUCCUCUGUGCCUUCCUGUUGAUUAGAAAAAAGAGGUCCUUGAAACAGAUAUCUGAGCCUAGAGAGAGACCAGACAACAUAGCACAGCUAAAUGUGGGUUCAGAAUAUGAGAACUCUUCAGCAGCAGUACAGAGAGAACCAGCAGCGCAGGAGGAUGAACUUUUCUAUUCCAUCGUAAGAUUCUCAAAAAAUCAGGAAGAUCCUCUGUACUCCAACAUCAGCCUGGCUCAGCCCAGCAAACACUGGAGGGAAGAAGAGGAGGACGAGGAGGGUGUGGAUUACACUAAUGUCGCCGUUAAGAGUGCCAGUGCUACCCCAAGAUUAAGAUGCCAAGAGGCUGCGGAGGAUCCAUCUGCAGUGUACGGCACAGUCAAAAAAAAAGAGCAUCUGAACAAAGUCUGAGCACAGCAUCGGUCUGUAGUCUGUUACUUUAUACUGUAUCCACAGUGACGUAAAAAGACAUGUCUCAGGACUGAGUUGUUCAAUAAUGUAGCAAACCCUAUCACAAAAGGGAACGUCCUUUAGGUAGAUACAUCGUAAUGGCAUCUUUGAACAUGGCUGUCAAUAUUGAAAUGAAUGGUUAAUAUGGUUAAAGAUGUCAUUUGGAGUAAUAUUUUAUUUCUAGCUCUAGCAAACCAUUUCCAAUAUCCUGUCAACUGCAUUUUUCUAUACACAUUAUGUCUUUACAACAGUAUUUCUCUGCUCUGCUCUUUUUUCAGUUUUCUGCUUUUAUUGUCAAUAUAACUCAGUUUCUCAAUUGUUAACUUUAGUGCAUUACCAUUACGAGUUAGUGAGUGUAGUUAGGGUUUUGUUUAAAAGUUUUUGCGAUCGCUACAUAGCCAACGUUAGCAUUAACAGCUGCUUACUUGCCAAGAGCUUCAUCCAUCAAUGCGUUUACAAGAGAAGAGGUUAUAAUAAACCCUCUGGGCAGCGCUGCCUCUUCAUCCUCUGAUGUUGUACUGAGAGCAGACUGGAGGCCACAGUGACCCACUAUCGUAAAGUGCUGUUACGAGACGGGGCGGGCCGGGGCUAGCUGGUCAGCGUGCUAAGUUCAGUAGAAGAAGUGAUAGAAAUAGAAGCAAAACAAGAGUUAACAUUAGCGUUGCUUUUUUUCUAGACUGGUAAGCAGACAGCUUUUAAUGAUGAUGUUAGCGAUGUAGCCAUAUCAAAAACUUACAUAUAGCACCUUUAAGUACACAUCUCAUGACCAAGAUGGAUUUAUUAUUUUUUACUUACUGUGAUUUUGUGUAGUAUUUAAGUCUGUGAGAGUUAUUUCACACUGUUUUCACCCUCUGGCUAUAAUUUGUUAAACUGAAUGGA